AUGCAGCCCACCCUCAUCCGCCGCCAGCUCGGCGGCAUCGUCCCUCCCAAAAUCGCGACUCCCUCCAUCCUGUCGUCCGGCCAGGGAGCAGGCCUCGGCCCGCUUGUCAACUUCUACUCGAAGCUGCCCAAGGGCCCCGCGCCCACGCCCGCUCUGCGUGGCAUCAAGGAGCGGUUCUUCAACGGCAAGAACGCGUCGGCGGCCCCGCUGGUUUGGGGAAUUCUGGGCAUCUUCGGUCUGAGCUACACCCUUGACUACCAGAUGCACUUGAAGCACCACAAGAACCACCCUCACUAA